GUAUGUCUCUGUGUCAUCCAGGCUGUGUGGCGAGUGUAGAUAAGCCCCCUUAUGAGGUGAAAACCUUCCCCCAUCCUGCAGUACCCCCCUCCCAGCACCAACAGCAGGAAUAAGGGAUGUCAGGGCUGUUCCUCUUUCUGGCAGUGCUCAUUGUCUCCUGCAGCAUCCAGGUGUCUCCUGCGGCUACCCUGGAUAAACUGAAGGAGAGUUGGAAAUUGUACAUGGAAGAGUGUGAACGUAAUAACAGUCGAGACCCACCCAGCACUGGUCUUGUGUGCAACAGGACAUUUGACAAUUAUGCCUGUUGGCCAGAUGGACUCCCCAACACCACCGUCAGUGUUUCAUGCCCAUGGUAUUUGCCAUGGCAUCAUAAAGUUCAGCAUGGCAUGGUGUAUCAGGAAUGUGAUGCCAACGGUCAGUGGGUCACUGUCAAGAAUACUAGCGAGUGUGAUUCUCAUGAUCCAAGUCCGCAGUACUAUGGCCACAUACGCAUCAUGUACACUGUGGGCUAUUCCCUAUCCUUUGUGGCGUUGGUUUUGGCUCUUGGGAUUCUUAUAUUUUUCAGGAAACUGCACUGCAUGAGGAAUAACAUCCACAUGAAUCUAUUUGCCUCCUUCAUCCUCCGAGCUUUGUCAAUCCUUAUCAAAGAUGCUCUGUUGGAAGCCAACCACACGUCGCAGGACCUCAGCAGAGACCAGGACCAGGGCUUCCCUAGCGCCUCUAUGCCGCCAGUGGAACUGUUGUUCAGCAAUGCGACUUCCAUUAGCUGUCGCAUCGCCGUGGUGAUGAUGCAGUACAGCAUCAUGGCCAACAGCUACUGGCUACUGGUGGAGGGCAUCUACCUCCACAACCUCCUGGUCAUCACUGUCUUUACAGAGAGGAACUACUUUAAGAUCUAUUUGUGUAUUGGCUGGGGUACGCCAUUAAUAUUCCUUUUACCAUGGGUGAUUGCUAAAUAUUUAUAUGAAAAUCAAGAGUGCUGGGAGCAAAAUAUAAACAUGAAUUACUGGUGGAUAAUCCGUGCCCCGAUACUCCUCGCUGUUGUGAUAAACUUUCUGAUCUUUAUCCACAUCAUAAAGAUUCUUGUGUCAAAACUUCGAGCACACCAAAUGAGAUACACAGAUUACAAAUUCAGAUUGGCCAAGUCAACCCUUACGCUGAUCCCCCUGUUGGGUAUUCAUCAGGUCGUCUUUAUCUUUGUGACGGACGAGUCCACCAAGGCCACCAUCGGUUUACGCCUCACCAAGCUCUUUAUUGACCUCUUCUUCUCUUCCUUCCAGGGUCUCCUUGUGGCCAUCUUGUACUGUUUUGUCAACAAAGAAGUGCAGUCAGAGAUUCUGAAGAAGUGGAAGCGCUGGAAGCUUGGAAGGAACAUAGAGGAGGAAUACCGCCAUACCUACAGCAACACCCCCAACACGAAGACGGCCAGCCUGUUGAACCACGUCUCGAGGCUGCCUCACCUCCCGGAUCUCACAAAGUCCUCCGCCCCGGCCUGUAGCCCUGAAGAGAAGCACAUGCUUGUUGGUGGCUGCCACAACGGUUCGGCGCACAGCAAGGGGCAGGGCAGGUGCAACCCUCAGCAGCAUGGGGGAGCCAUCAGCAACUGCACCCUGGUUGAGGAUAUCAGCCUUUCAGACCAGAUGCAGAAUAACGAGGCCGAGAAAGAAAAUGUGGAAAGCCACCUUUGAAUGAAACGAGGAAAAGGAACUUUGUGUAGAAAAGUGGAAUCAUCCUCAUCCAGUUUUAAGCUGUGCUGACUGAGACACUCACCCAAGCGCUUCUCACUGAUCGACAUCAUUGAGAGACGGAGCCUCACUGCGAAUGGAUAACAUGGCAGACAGUCACAAUGAGAAAUGCAACAUGCUGCAAGUCUCAUGAAUGCAUUUUGUUGAUAUUUGCCUUUACAUUUGCUGAGACAGUUGCCAUUCGAACAAUUUGACAGCAUCAUCUUGGGGCAGUUAAGCCGUGUAAAGUAACGAACAAUCGGAAAAGUCAAAUGGCAACGAAAAACACAGGGUCCUGCCUUGAGCCUCUGCUUUAAUGUUUGCUGUCUGCUAAGUGUGUGCUUUGUGGUACUGAGAAUGAACAACAAACUUGAGAUUGGACUGUGUGCACAAAAAGCAAGACCAAAACCACCAACACAAAACAGGGGGCGGAGAAAGGGGAAACACUUUUUUUCAAAUGCUUUGCUCUGGUGUCUGCAAAUUGUUUUUUUGUCCAUACUGAGCUGAAAAUGUACAGAGAAAAAAAACAUUCUGUUGACUGUCCCUCCAACAGGUGACCACAGUGUUAUUGUCCAUGGGAAAUUGGCAGCUGCUGGCCCACGUCUUUCCUGGCUUAUAUAUAGAUAUCAAAAAGAGGUCAGGAGAUGUUGUGGUAAAGAUCUAAAAAAAAUAGCUGAAAUGAUUAUUUUUUUAAGGUGAUUCAUUGGAAUAAACAGAUUUAAUAGAUUGAAGCUCAAAUAUUGAUGAGUGGUAGAUAAUUGGUAUAUAAAAUGCAUUUUUAAGAGUAAUGACUGAACCACAGCUCUACUUUUUUCUCCCCCUGGGUAUCAUGUUGACUUAUUCAGCCCAUAUGAUUGUAGCUAAUUUGGGGGAUGCUGUGCACACAAAUGAAGGAUGAAAUACAAGAUCCAGUCAUGCAUCACCCAAAAUAACUUGCUGCCUCGGGAAAAGAGACAAACAGUGCUGUAAUGUUAUCCAUGCAGAUUUUACUGGCCUUUAGUCGCGUGAGUCCUUCACCCAGUAGGCAUUUCCUGCAGUGCCAUCCCAUAAGCACCUACAUGAUGUAAAAGUCAAAACAGACUGUGCUAAAGACUGCAUGCACUCAUUUACUCCGUGGACAGUUUUUCCAUUCAGCCAUACGCUGUUUCUACAGCAGCUGUGCACACUGAACAAAACUCUGCAGCGUAAAAAUGGAACAAAGCUUUUCUUAAAAACAUUUCAAUAACAAUGUUAGUGGUACAUUUGACUCUUAAUAAACAAGGGAACCUGCCUGCAGAGCCUUAAUCAAACUUUGAGUUCUAAAAUGGCAGAAAUAGCUGAACUUGACUAUGUAUGUAUGACUAUUUGCACAUUGUUAAUUUAUAAUUGGUAAAUAUUGUGUGUACAUAUAUGUUUGUGUUUAUACAGAUGAUUUUAUUUGAUUGCAGUCAAUGUAUUCAUGCAUACUUGUGAGUGUGUGAGUGUGCAAAAUAUAUUUUCAGGGUAUGAAUAUAUAUGUACUUUCAGUAUUCCAGAUUUGUGGAUGUGUUAUAGUUGAAUGAGUUUUUACCAGCAGUCAGAAGGUGAGGAGUUGAUAUGAACUGGUUCAGCUGGCUAAAGACAAAGCAAAGUAGUCAGGUCAAUACAAGGAAGCCUUACUCUGUUAUAUUCUGUAUUGCAUCUUAAAGUGCGCAGCAUGUUCCUAGAUUUCAUGCUGGUGCUAAAGUAGGAAGCUCUGUAUUUUUCAUGAAGUUACAAUUCUUUGGCUUCUAGAGGCAAGACGCAUAAAAAACAUUUGAGGUGUGUACAUAAAAAAGCAAAGAUGUGUAUUCUUUCUACCACAUUUAUGAAGCUGUGUGGAUGCAUAGUUCUCUUUUAAUCAUUUAAAUCCUAAAAUUGCACGAGCAUGUAUUAAUCUGUUUACUGCUUUCUUUAUCCACAAAGAGCUGCUUGCAUGCUCGUACAUUUGAAUAUGGCAAGACUUUUUUCACAAAAAAAAAUGUAUAUCCUCAAUAGGAAGGACAAUAUUUUGUAAGUCAAAACAAAUAAAUUAGAGGAGGUUCAAAUGAAAUGGCUUUAAUAAGAAACUAGAACACAUGAGUGUUCAUAAAUAGUGACAGAUAUGAGAUAAGAACUGGCAAUCUCUGUUUAAUCUGCUGCUGAUGAAUGCACAAAGUGAAUAUUGGGUUUAAAGAACCAUUAGUCGAGAGGAUCAGGGAGGAGAAACAGAUGUACCCAUAAAGGAUGGUAUGAAACAUUUGGAAGUCUAAAGUGACAUAUUAGCCAGUUUUCCAAAAUCAGAGCAGUCUCUGAAUAUAAGUUCCUCUCCCAAAGUGACAUGAGUUCAGCGAUGCAAGACAAGCCAUCGAUUUGCACAAAUAUUUGGCAGUUAUUGCUAGCCUCACAGUCACGAUAUUCGUAGAUCCCAUAAUGAGAGGAUGACAAAAGCCAAGGAACAAAAUUUAAGAAUAAUUUCUAUGAGUUUUGAUACUUUUAGACAGUUAAUAUCAAGUUAAAAUUGUUCCAAGCAUGGUUAUGCAUGAUACACCCAUUUUCACCAGACAAACCACCUUUGUAUUUGUAUGUGGAGAUAAUGGUAUGGGCAUGUAGUUUUUUUAUGUACACAUCCUUUAUGCAUUUGGCCCCUUAGAGCAAAUUAGAAACAUUUUGGUCGUGUGGAUAAUAGCUGUGUGCUUCAGCCGCUUGCCGCUCUUCAGUGUGUUGGAAACAAAAAUUGCGAAUGGAAGCUAUUUUCUAUCACCAUCUGCUGAGGGUUGUAAUAGAGCAGGUAGACACCCAGUAAUUGUACUGGGGGAAUGACACACACACAGCAGGAGUGGAGGAGAAUGAUUGCACACUCACACCAUAACAAAUGUUGAAUACAUUGAGUAAAGUAACUUUCAGUGGAGUAGUUGAUGAGCUUUCAUAUGUGACCAUGACCAUACUUUAUAUAUGUUUGAAGCCAGCAGCUUAGGUCACUCCCCUUCCUGGACCAAAGUGGUUCUUUAUGAAUGUAUUUACUGAAAAGCCCAAAAACAAUAUAUUUCUUUAAAUCUUUUUCUUAACGGUGGUUACGUACAGUAUUUUGGUGUGAAGAACAGAUCAGUGACAGCUGACUGUUGUCAAGGUGUAAACAAUUUAUCAUAUAUUGUGUCCUCUGUGCAAAAAGUGAAAGAAUAAAAUGCAAUAUAUGUUAAAGAUGAGUUUAACUUGCUCUGGCUUUUGUAUUGGUGAAUACUAAAGAUUCAUUUAUCCAUCCUCCUUACCCACACACCUUCUGGUUUGGC